AUGAACAUCGAGGGAAACAGCUUUGGCGACAACGCCACUAUCCACCAAGGCAAUGUGUAUCAUUAUUCUUCCGAAGGUGCAAGCGACCGCUGCUUAGCAGAUUUGCGAUCAACAGAUCCCCGCGACGACAAAAUCCGGAUUGAGCAGACAAAAGGUGGCCUCUUGAGAGAGUUGUACAACUGGAUUCUCGAAAAUGACAAGUUCAAGUCGUGGUAUGACGAUGAUGAUACACAAGGCCAGCUAUUGUGGAUCACGGGUGAUCCGGGGAAGGGAAAGACUAUGCUGGCAUGCGGCAUCAUCGACGAGUUGGCAGAUCAAACGAGAAUUAAGAAUCCAGAGUCAAAGGCGAUGUUAUCUUACUUCUUCUGCCAGGGCACCGACUCGCGCAUCAACUCUGCUGUAGCCGUGCUGCGCGGCCUUCUAUACCUUAUUAUGCACCAGCAGCCGUCACUCAUCUCACAUAUUAGGACUAAAUACGAUAUUGCAGGCAAGAGUCUCUUUGAGGACGUGAACGCUUGGACAGCAGUAUCACAGAUACUCAUAAAUGUUUUGCAAGAUACAAGCAUAGGUAGCACCAUAUUAGUUAUCGAUGCGUUAGACGAAUGCGAGGCAGAUCAAGCAAAGCUCCUGGAUUUUAUACUACAGCACUCAUCACUAUCUCGAGUUAAAUGGAUCAUUACUAGUCGUAAUGGACCUCUUAUUGAGCAGAAACUAAGCACUUAUAAGUCACGGGCGUUACUUAGCCUAGAGUUGAAGGAUAAUGAGGCCAGCAUAUCUGAUGCCGUUAAUACUUACAUCAAAUAUAGCGUCUCACGGCUGGGAUUGGUGCAGGAUGACGAAGCGCUCCAAGAUGACCUUGAGAAGGCAAUGCGACAAAAAGUUAACGGCACAUUCUUAUGGGUAUCGCUAGUUAUGAAAGAACUUGAACAAGUGGAAAGCUGGGACGCUCUGCAAGUCAUCGAUGAAAUCCCAUCAGACUUGAAAGAAGUUUACGCCCGCAUGUUGGAACAAAUUCUGCAGUUGAAGAGAGGAAACCACAGGUACUGCAUACAAUUGCUUUCCACAGCGUGCGCAACAUAUCGCCCACUCAGUCUCUCAGAGUUAGGGUUUCUCUCGGACUUACCCCGUGGGAUAUCCGAAAAGCCAGGGGCCGUCCGGAGAGUUGUAACCAUGUGCGGCUCAUUUCUUACAAUACGAGACGAGAAUGUUUACCUCGUUCACCAAUCUGCCAAGGACUAUCUGUCGACUGAAGCUUUGCAGACUAUUUUCCCCAAUGGAGUGGAGAAGAUUCAUCAUUUUCUCUUUUCCAGGUCGCUCCAAGGCAUGUCUCAGGUCCUAAAGCGCGACUUAUGGGGUUUAAAGGCCCCCGGAGUUCUCAUUGAUGGAAUCAUGGUGCCAGAACCUGAUCCUUUAGUCACGACACGUUACUCUUGUGUCUACUGGGCCGACCACUUAUGUGAUGGCAUCUCCGAAAGCUGGACUCAAAUCAAUGACCUUGACGACGACGGAAUCAUACAUCAGUUCUUGAAAAAACAUUAUCUGCAUUGGCUGGAAGCUCUAAGCCUGCAACGCAGUAUAUCUUAUGGCGUAACGGCACUCAACAAAUUCGAAACAUUACUGCAAAAGAUGGAAAAGAAGCGAUUUACUAAAUCAGUAGACAUUAUAAGAGACGCGCGUCGGUUCGUCCUUACGUAUAGGCAAAUGAUUGAGAUUGCACCGUUACAGCUUUACGCAUCCGCACUCCUAUUUAGUCCCACUGAAAGCCUGAUAAGGCGGCUAUUCAGUGAGGAAGAGCCAACUUGGCUUGCAUCGAAACCAACAAUGGAUGCAAAAUGGGGCCCUUGUAUCCAAACGCUGGAGGGCCAUGAAGAUACGAUAACAAGUGUUGUCUGCUCAGCGGAUGGCCAGCGACUUGCCACAGCCUCGCGAGAUAGAACGGUCAAGAUCUGGGAUUACCAUACCGGGGGAUGUCUCUUGACGCUAAAAGGCCACCAUAAAACGGUUGGGUCGGUUGCUUUUUCGGCAGAUUGCCAAAAAGUUGUCACAUCUUCAAGUGACGGCACAGUCAAGAUAUGGGAUGCGAGGGUUGGCAAUUGUCUCCAGACACUCAGAUGCCAGAGCUACAAAUGGUCUUGGGCUACGCUGUCACCAGAUGGCAAGCUAGCUGCGACAAUCUCGGAGACAGACGAUCUCAUUAUCUGGGACUUGACAGGUGCUUUCUCGCAUCUUCCCGAUGUACCUAUUCGUGGCUUCUUGAUUGCUGCUGUAUUUUCAGCAGACAGUCGGCAAUUUGCCCUCGUUUACUCAAAUGAGGUUCAUAUAUGGGACGUAGCGACAAAUACGCGGUUUCGAACUCUUGCAGGUCGCUUUAUUGCCGCAGACAACACGGCUGUUUUUUCACCAAAUGGCCAACAAUUUGCUUCACAUGUCUACGAAAAAGAAAUUAGAAUAUGGAGUAUUGAGACGGGAGGAUGCAUCAAAAUAUUGCCAAGGAGUGAAGCUGCGGUGGCGGUAGUCUUCUCGCCAGACGGCCUACGAAUUGCGUCUGCCUUGGGCGAUAAAACUAUUAAAAUUUGGGACACAAUUACGGGAAAUCGUCUACAGACAAUACAUGGCCUGAAUCAUACGCUUUUAUCGGUAGCAUUCUCUAAAAAUGGCCGGGAACUGGCAUCAGCUUCAAGCGAAGGGGUAGCCAGAAUCUGGAAUUUAGAUACAGGCCAUACCGCUCUGAUACCUGACAUCCAUAUUCGCGGAAUCGACCAAGUUAUCUUCUCCAAAGAUAACAAAUUGAUCGAAUCAAUAUCGUAUGGUGAACUUCAUAUCUGGAACACAGUAGAUGGCACUUGUUCCCAAACCCUCCCCACUGAAGGCACAAUAUUCUCGGAGGAUGGACAGCGGCUUGCUUUCAUCGGCGAGGAUCACACAAUAUAUAUUACGAAUUCAGAUCUGACACGGUAUAUUGAGAUACCAAAAGGAUAUGUCGAACAGCUAAGGGAUAUUACUUUCACGUCAAAUGGUCGCUAUUUUGUUACCAUGGGAGAUGAAAUGGUCAAGAUCUGGGAGCCAACGACAGGAGAGUGUCUCCAGACCAUUCAAGAUACUUGGCCAGUAGUACUUAUGGCAUGCUCGCCAGAUAGUCAGAGAGUCGCAAUCGGAGUCGCAACAAUGCCUGGACGCAUAGCGCUCAACUAG